AUGGGGAGACACUACGAUGACGCUAUCGAGCUGCUUAAUAGAAGACGUGCCAGUGCCCAGCCGAGCUUGAGCCAAAUGAGAGGCUCGGAUGAUAUGACAAAAUGGUUGGAACUACUCAGCUACUCUCAAACAGAUCUGGGGACUUUGAACAUGAUUCAUGUAGCCGGCACCAAUGGAAAAGGUAGCACCUGCGCAUAUAUCUCGUCUAUACUCCAGAGCUUUGGGUGCAAGGUCGGGCUCUAUACUUCACCGCAUCUUCUCAGCAUACGUGAGCGGAUUCGGAUCAACGGCAAACCGAUCGAGGAAGACGCUUUCACGAAGGCUUUUUACGAGAUAUGGGAUGUACUGCCACUUGAGCCUACAGUCGACAUGGAUAUCCCCCGGUACCUCCAGCUUUUAACCCUUCUUUCCUUCCAUGUCUUUCUCAAAGAGGGGGUGGACGUCGCGGUCUACGAACCACACAUGGGCGGCGAGUACGAUGCGACGAAUGUCGUAGCAUCGCCCGUGGUGACAGCCGUGACUCGAAUAGCAGAAGACCAUGUCAGAUUCCUCGGGCCUACCAUUGAAGAUAUCGCUUGGCACAAGGCGGGCAUCUUUAAGCCUGGUUGUCCCGCAAUUUCAUCACCUCAAGAGCAAAUUGUCGCUGAGGCUCUUAUGAACCGUGCGAAUGAGAAAAAGGUCACACUAUCGUUCGUGGAGCCUGACCCAUCCUUGCCGGUGAUUAAAUUUCAAAAUGAAAACUGCUCACUUGCAACACGAGUGGCCACGGAGUGGAUCUCAAUCAUGAUGCCCGACAGCUUGACCAACCUGGCGGGAUGUAUCGACCGUGGAAUCAAGGCAUUCGAAUGGCCUGGGCGUUACCAGCAGAUAAAGGAAGGCAGGCACAGUUGGUUCCUUGACGGUGCUCAUAAUGACUCUGGGUUGUCCACUGCGGUGUCAUGGUUUGCAGAAAUGAGCAAGUUACAAAGGAUCGACAUCGAACACGCGAGGGUGAUCAUUUUCAGUCAUUUCUCGGAUCGUUGCGGCGACAAACUUUUACAUGCGAUCAAGGAAUGCCUCGAUAGAGAAAGCGUCGAAAUAGGGCACCUGAUAUUGACUACGUACAAUGAGAGGCGGAAUGGGCUGACAAGAAUCGGUAUUUAUGACCAAGCCCUCACGAAACCGGGGAUGACGGGCUGA